AUGUCUACGACCACGCCAGAAUCAAUUCCAGGGUUCAACGCCGUUGGGCGUACCACGGGAACGACAGAUGACUUGAAGGGCCUUUCAUUCCAGACAGCCUGCCCUCCGGACGUAGGCCCAAGAACUCGACUCGUCGCAAUUUGCGGCAUCACAGAUGAAGCCGGCGCCGCUAGUCCUGAGGAUGACGGUUGGUUUCUUUCAGACUUUUAUCUUUUCCGUCAUCUAUUUUCUCAUGUUGACGGUCCGACCCCCAAACAGAUUUGGAUGACCAGCGAGCCACCUGACGAUCUUGUGCUCAAGUACAAAGAAUAUGAACACGGAGACCUAAGAGGAGAGCGAAGAAUUGUCCUUGAUAAGGACAUGCUACCAGCUAUCCAGCAAUCUGGUACUUUACGCGUUGUUCCACGGCAUAACCUUUUACAACGUUUCAUAAGCACCUUGAAAGAGCAAUCGCGGCUAGCUAAAGAGAAUGAUGAGCAUCUCUUUUUAGCCACGGAGAUAUCGAUACGUUUGAUGGAUGAUGUCAAACUCGUUCUACAGCGAGAUGUACCAACAACUCUCUUUAUGACAUCGUGCUUCUCCGGAGGCUGGCUUGCCCAGACAAUCGCCAAUACAUCUCAGCAUAUCAAUGCAACAGGCAUAACAGCGGCAGGACCACAAGCAGUAAGCCUCGGUGGGCCACUUAGUGCUAGCCUAGGACGAGCAUGUGGAGGUAGGCUUGCGACUGGAAUUCUGAGAUCCGCCCUUGCCGUUGAAGAAUCACAAGAAAUGAGUGAGAUCCGUGAAGACCCUACGUACAUUGCAUUUGCAAAUUCAGUUCAUGAAACAUACAAGAAGUUGGACGCUUUCGCCGGAGAACGUCAAAUCCAUUUUUCGGCCCAAGAUGAUAGGUGGGGGGAUCAUUUUAUAAGCCGAAGUGGACUGCCGUUGUCACGAUUAAAAGCACGCUGGGAAUCUUUACGCAUGAUUCCAUCGGGUGACUAUUAUCGAGAAGAAGACCAAGAAUUCUUGAGAACAAGAAGCAUGCGCUUUGGACUGAUGAGAAAACGUCGCAAAUUGGACUGUGCAGCCCGACAGUAUCUCUCCGCGAAACCUGGCGAGAGUAGUUUGGCUAGCAAUAUUGGAUUACAUGGGGCAUUGAACCGCUUUCUCAGAGACGAAGAAAAGUUUAGUGAUGAGGAUAUCUCUGGAAUGCUUGAAGAAGUGAAAUAUCGCAUUGAUGCCCUUGAUCAAGCUAAUAAACUUGCAAUAGUUAUGAGUGUCAACAACCAAUUUUUGGACGCAUUUUCAUACGAUCAGCACUGGCCAAGGUCUCCAGAGGAAGAGAAAAUUUAUUCUAUCACCUGGCGGCUGUUGGCUACCAAACAGCUAGUGGACAAACCAAGUUGUGAUCUUCGAUAUGCUCUUGCCUCAGCUUCCUGGACCAAGCCGAUUAGCUUUCUUGCUGCUUGCUUUGCCAAGUCUGGUCUAACUUCAGCCGAUAUUCCUCAGAGGGUAGCUUUGGCACUGACUUACAAAAGCCAAGAAGAUCGGACUAUUUUGUUUCUGUUUGGUAGACGAACUACGAGUGAUGCAGAAGUGGUUCACCGUCGCGAGCUGGCGCUGAACAAAAUUCGGAGCUGGAAAGCGAAGGUUACGGGGCCAUUCUAUGACUAAUUGUGUAGGAGGAUCGUAACUUAACUAAUUGACAGGAUUAUUAUACGGCUAUCCCGGAUAUGGAGCUGUCAGCGCAUAAAUCCACUUUUGUUGGUGACCUCACGCAGUCAGGAUGGAGAAUGUGUGUAUAGUUUGGCCGCAACGGGUCACCUGUCGCUGAGGACUUACGCGUAAACGCGUUAGACCGUGGCGUCAGAGGGCCCUGUCCGCGCUCCCUUGUGGGGAGGCAAGUGUCUUUGUACGGGCACCCGGCCAUAUGGGGGAUCUCUUCCACCUUUGUUGUGUCUACUUCUGUUAAGGAUAUCUUCUCUGGUGGUGAUACUUCAUACUCCCCUUACCAUUGUUUACUCGUGAUAAGUGGAGCCUGUGUGGUUCAACCCUUUUCAACGUAUCCUGACACAUCUCUGUAUAACGAACGGCUCAGAUAGAUCCAGGGGUGUGCUCAGCUCUACUCAGCGAGUAAAAGCGGUGAGGGUGAGCAUCAAAACGGAAUGGGAAAGCCGAAAAGCGUCAAAGGAAAUCCGGUACGUAGGUAUCCAUGGAUAGAUAUAUAAGAGAGCAAGCUCCAAGGGGC